AGAACCCAAAAAAUUAAAAUAAAAGGAUAACAAUACUUGCGAGUGAGAGAGAGAGAGAGAUGGAGAAAAGAAAGGUAGUGAUGUGUGGUGUGUUAUCUCUUCUCGGUUUAUUAUCAGCUAUUACUGCCUUCGCUGCUGAAGCUACCAAAAUCAAGAAAUCUCAGGUCAAUAUCACCACCUCUGAUUCACUCACAACAUGCUCUUAUCACAGAAGCCCUGCUUACAGUCUCGGCUUCGCUUCAGCUGUCUUUCUAAUGAUCGCUCAGAUCAUCGUGAGCAUUGGAAGCGGUUGUUUCUGUUGUAGAAAAGGUCCUGCUCCUUCAAGAUCCAACUGGAUCAUCUCCUUAAUCUGCUUCAUUGUCUCCUGGUUCACUUUUGUUAUAGCUUUCCUCGUGUUGCUAUCUGGAGCUGUACUAAACGAUGAACACGCCGAGGAGGCAACGUAUACGGACACCUACUUCUGCUACAUUGUCAGUACAGGCGUUUUCUCCACCGGUUCUGUGUUGUCGCUUGUUACUGUUGCGCUUGGGAUUGUAUACUACUUAUGUUUGAAUUCGAGUAACCAAAACGUUGGUGACACAAGGACAGUGGCUAACCAAGGAGGAGGAAUAGCAAUGGGACAGCCUCAGAUUCCAGAGAGAGUAGAAGAUCCUGUCUUUGUUCAUGAAGAUACUUACAUGAGAAGACAGUUCACUUAAAAAAAAUACAUAGCAAGGCUUGCUUGGAAUACACGUUAGGUUUAGGAAGAUAUAUUUAGAUAAAAAGAAUGCUUUCUCUUAUUUUUACCCCAUUUUUGUAUCGUUGUAAUCUUUUUGUAAGUGAAGUUAUAACUACUAGAUUCGUUUUCCGCGCUUCGCGCGGAUUAUAUAUUUUUAAAUUCAUUUCUACUUUUUUAUAAUUAUGAUAACUAUUUUUAAUUUUACUAAAUUUUAAAAACCAUAAAUUUCCAUAAUUUUUGAAUAAUUAGACAAUGAAAAUUUU